AUGAAAGGAACUAAAGGUGAAACAGAUCUGUUAUUAUUAAAUACACCUUCACCAAGUAAAUUAAAACAGAAGAAUAGGAGUCAUCCAGCAUCAAGGAAGUUACAGGAUCAGUUUGAAGGCAAGAAGGCACCAGAAGAAGAUGUAGAUAGAUUAUUAUUGAGUACCAGUCCUAUUGUCACCAAAGACAAGUCUAGGAACAAUGAUGAUCUCCAUUUUGACGAGAGUGGAGACACAUCAGAUACUUGGGUUGAACAGAUUCAAAAUUACACUGAAAUAGAAGAUACUAGUUGUUUAUCUCAAGAUUCUGUUGAUAGCUGGCCACGUCCUAGUCAUCAGGAUACAGAAAUAUAUUCAGCUGACCUGACUGAGGUUAUACAUAAUAUAUUAAUAUUAUUGGCAUGGUGUGGUAGAAAUGAUCUCACUAAAGUUGAGAAGCGAGGAGAUAUUGGUAUCAUUGAUAUAUAUCUGGGUGGUCUAUUGGAAGACAAUAUGGCCACCAAUGAUCAAGUUGUUCAACUGGUUCAGCAAUUUAUGUAUUUCACUAUAAUGAUUGCUUUUUUUUUUCUUAAAUUUUAA